GUGAUUAUAUAUAUAAAAAAAAACAACUGAUUUUAAGGCAGCUGAAAAAUGUCUUUUAUUAAUGUCAUUUUUAUUUCAUAGGUGUUACUGUGCACACACAGAUGGUACUCAUAUCCCCAAAUUCGAAUCAGCUAUUCAUGAAAGCCAAAGAACGAAUUGCAACUGUGCCCGCCAUAAGUUUGCAUAUGAAAAAUCUGGCAUGAUUGGCAAACUGUUCCUUUGUGAAUCCAACGGUAAUUACAACAAAAUCCAAUGUAACGGAAGUGCAUGCUAUUGUGUUGAUGAGGUUGGCAAACGAGUAGGUGAUUCAGUUCAUGUUAGCCAGAGUGAAUAUAUGACCUGCUAGAAAGAGACUCUGGUAAAGAUCUCUACUUGAGAGAAAUUCAACACAAAGCUUUAUAUUGAUGUGGAAAUAAACAAAAUUUGAAAGAUA